UGUGGAGAUCUCCCUGGCUGAGAGGGGCUCCAAGGAGGCAGUGGCAGCGUGAGGCCCAGGUAGAGCAGCAUGGACAGGCCUGUGGCAGUGUGGUGAAGCAUGAACAUCCGGAGUGCCCAGGACCACGGGCAGGCCAGUGACAACCCCAGUGGUGGUGGUGGUGGCAGUGGUGGUGGUGAGAGAGAACGAAUCCGAAGGCGAAUGAAAAUGGUCAUCGGGCAGCUGGAGGGCAUCCUGCAGGAGCUCAAGGAGGUGGCCAAAGAGCUGAGAGAGCAGGUGGUGAGCCAGAUAGACAAGCUGACCUCUGAUUUCGACUUCGAGCUCGAGCCUGAUGAUUGGACAACAGCCACAGUCAGCAGCACAUCUAGCAGUGAGAAAGGUGGCGGGAGUGGCCCCUUUGACCUGACUCACCUGGAUUUCAUGACCUCAGACAUCCUCUCUGACAGCUGGGAAUUCUGCUCCUUCUUGGACAUCUCAACCCCCUCAGACUCAGGCGAGGUCCCUGAGCCAGCCCGACAGCCUCCCACCCCUGACUACAGGCUGAUGAAUGGAGGCGUGCUUAUCCCUAACGGGCCCCGUGUUGAAACCCCCGACUCUUCCAGUGAGGAAGCCUUCAGUUCUUGUCCCCCUGAUCCCCCCAAGGGCCAGCAGGCCCAUCGGACCCCGGGCACCAGGGAACGAGUGCGUUUCAGUGACAAAGUGCUCUAUCAUGCCCUCUGCUGUGAUGAUGAGGAAGGAGAGGGGGAAGAAGAAGAGGAAGAGGAGGGGGCAGCCCCAUCCCCCAACCCCCCCCAGACAGAGCCCCAUGUGGCACCUCUCAAACCCCCCCUGGCAUCCUGCAAGCCACGGAGAUCUCCCCUCACAAGCCGGAAUGGGAGUCAUAUUCCCACACUCCCUCCAGGGUCAGGGCAGACCCGCAGGGUCACACGGAACACCAGCACCCAAACGGUGUCGGACAAAAGCACCCAGACUGUCCUACCAUAUGCAGCAACCAGGCAGAAAGUCAAAGGGAAAAACUGA